AUGUCUUCGACGUCUUCCUCCGACGUCUUCAUCCUCGUUAUCGGCGUUGUCCUCGCUGCGGCCUACCUCUUCCGUGAUCAACUCUUCGCUGUAGCAAAGCCGAAAAAAGUUGUAGUGCCAACGUCUACGCAAGCCGGUGAUGUGAACCCCAGGGAUUUUGCGGCCAAAAUGAAGGCAGGGAACAAACGCUUGGUCAUUUUCUACGGAUCACAAACGGGUACAGCUGAAGAGUACGCUAUUCGUCUCGCCAAAGAAGCCAAAGCCAAGUUCGGUCUGACCUCUCUGGUCUGCGACCCCGAGGAAUACGACUUUGAGACAUUAGACAGUCUUCCGGAAGGCUCUGCUGCUAUCUUCGUCAUGGCUAGCUAUGGCGAAGGUGAGCCCACAGAUAACGCGGUCACUCUUUUGCAGAACUUGAGCGAAGAUUCCUUCGAGUUCAGCCAGGGUUCUCACCGACUGGAAAAUCUCAAAUACGUUCUUUUCGGGUUGGGUAACAAGACGUACGAGCAUUACAACUUGGUCGCGAGGCAGGUUGACCAAUACUUGACUGGCAUGGGUGCUACUCGUAUCGGCGAGCGUGGCGAGGGUGAUGAUGACAAGAGCAUGGAGGAGGACUACCUUGAGUGGAAGGAUGGCAUGUGGGAGGCUUUUGCCAAGGCCUUAGGUGUUGAGGAAGGUCAAGGUGGCGACAGCGCUGACUUCGCAGUUUCGGAAUUGGCAUCUCACCCGGAGGAGAAAAUUUACCUCGGCGAACUUUCCGCACGCGCUCUCACGAAGACAAAGGGCAUUCACGAUGCCAAGAAUCCUUAUGCCGCUCCAAUCGCUGUUGCACGGGAACUUUUCUCGGUGACCGGCGAAAGGAACUGCGUUCACGUUGAGCUUAACAUCGAGGGCUCAGGCAUUACUUAUCAGCAUGGAGAUCACGUCGGUGUUUGGCCCACUAAUGCUGAAAUCGAAGUCGACCGUCUUCUUUGUGCUCUCGGUCUUUACGACAAGAGGGACACCGUCAUUGGUAUUGAAUCCCUUGACCCCGCACUCGCCAAGGUCCCCUUCCCUGUUCCAACUACAUAUGCCACUGUCCUUCGCCACUACAUCGAUAUUAGUGCUAUGGCUGGCCGUCAGAUUCUCGGUUCCUUCUCUAAAUUCGCUCCUACUCCCGAAGCAGAGGCUUUCUUAAAGGAAGUCAACUCUAACAAGGAGACUUACGCAGAUGUCGUCGGCAAGGGAUGCCUCAAGGUUGGAGAAAUUCUCCAGACUGCUGCUGGAAACGACAUUACCGCUAUUCCUUCGACGAGUAAUACCUCCGUUUGGAACAUUCCUUUCGACUUGAUUGUGUCCUCCAUUCCUCGUCUGCAGCCCCGGUACUACUCCAUCUCUUCUAGCCCCAAGGUCUACCCCAACUCCAUCCACGUUACUUGCGUUACCCUAAAAUACAAGUCGGAGGGUGAGAAGGUCCCCACCCGCUGGGUGUACGGCGUUGGUUCCAAUUUCUUGUUGAACCUCAAGUAUGCUGCGAACGAAGAGACAGUUCCACUGGCUUUGAGCGCCGGUAUCGCCAAUGCAGCUCUCCCUGCUUAUGCCAUCGAUGGCCCCCGUGGUGCUUAUCGUCAGGAGACCAUAUACAAAUCGCCCAUACAUGUCCGCCGGUCUACGUUCCGUUUGCCAACCAAUCCGAAGAGCCCAGUCAUCAUGAUUGGUCCUGGAACUGGUGUCGCACCAUUCCGUGGGUUCGUGCAAGAACGUGUAGCUCUUGCACGCCGUACUCUUGAGAAAAACGGGCCGGAUGCACUUGCUGACUGGGGCAGGAUUACGCUUUUCUAUGGAUGCCGUAAAUCAACCGAGGACUUCUUGUACAAGGAAGAGUGGCCGCAGUACCAAGAGGAACUCAAGGGAAAGUUCACGCUUCACUGUUCCUUCUCACGAGAGAAGUAUAGGCCAGACGGCAGCAAAAUCUACGUGCAGGACUUGAUCUGGGAAGACCGGCAGAACAUUUCUGAUUCCAUCAUCAAUGGAAAGGGAUACGUAUAUAUCUGUGGUGAGGCGAAGAACAUGAGCAAGGCUGUCGAGGAGGUUCUGGCGAAAAUUUUGGGUGAGGCCAAGGGUGGAUCGGCGGAAGUCGAGGGUACGGCAGAAGUCAAGAUGCUGAAAGAGCGGUCAAGACUUUUGCUGGAUGUCUGGAGCUAA